CCACCCAGCCCUCUGGCCGGCCUUCCCUCGGCCGGGCCCAUACCGCACGGGGGGGGCGCGACAGGGUUUUUCCUCUGUCGCCUCCUUUUGCUCCUCACCUAGUGCUUGGCUCCGGGAACACCGAGGGGACACACACUGUUUCUGUGGGGAUGAGGAGGAGCUGACCUGAAUCUCUCAGGAUAGCUGACAGCUGACGGGCAGAAGCUACUUCCCCCCCACCCACCUCCCUGUUCCCGUCGGAGAUGGGCGCGCCCGAGGAAGGCACUCAUAGUCCGGGCUGCUACAUAAACCCGGGGGGUGUUUAAAGCCCCGGCGAGCGCUGCAUGGGGAGCUGGGCUGCUCGUGCUGCGAUUGAAGCAAUAGACGCACUGUGAAGGCAGGAGAUUUACAAGACCUCUUGGGCCAGUACACAUCUAACAACGCACAGCAAUUUCUUCCAUGGACCACAUGCAACAUUGACCUUCUGGAGAUCUUGUUUAGUUCACCAGCUAAAGGGAAGCACAAUGCCUCUCAACGAUGACCAGAACAGUGAUUCAGAUUCUUCUCGCCUUUCUGAAAGCACAGCUUCUUCUAGCGACUCUGAAUAUUCAAGACAGAGCUUUAACAGCGAUUCUUCAAGCAAACCCAGUUCCCCAGCUUCAGCAAGUCCUCCCAAGAUGGUUACAUUUGAUGAACUGAUGGCAGCUGCGAGAAAUUUAUCCAACUUGACAUUAGCUCAUGAAAUUGCUGUAAAUGCAAAUUUCUGUAUAAAACACGAAGACCACCCACAGAACAGCUUAGCAGGCACAGUGAAACAAAUAGUACACAAGGCAUUUUGGGAUCACCUGGAAUCGGAACUGAAUGAAGACCCUCCCGAAUAUGAACAUGCUAUCAAGCUCUUUGAGGAAAUUAAGGAGAUUCUUCUUUCCUUCCUGGCUCCAGGAGCAAACAGGAUUCAAAAUCAAAUUUGUGAAGUUCUGGACACAGAUCUUAUAAGGCAGCAGGCAGAACACAAUGCUGUUGAUAUUCAUGGGCUAGCUAACUAUAUCAUCAACACUAUGGGAAAAUUAUGUGCUCCAAUAAGAGACAACGAUAUAAAACAGUUAAAAGCAACUGAAAAUAUUGUAGAAUUACUGAGGCAAAUAUUCCAUGUCCUGGACCUGAUGAAAAUGGAUGUAGCAAAUUACACAAUUCAGAGCCUUAGACCAUACCUUCGGCGUAAUUUGGUGGACUAUGAAAGAACAAAGUUCCAGGAAAUUCUUGAAGAAACACCAAGUGCUCUGGAUCUCACCACAGAAUGGAUAAAGGAAUCAAUAGAAGAUGAAUUGUCAUCCAUUUCCAAUGAAUCAUCCUCAUCCCCUGGUGCUGAUCAUAGUUCUAAAUCAAGUAUUAGUCCUACACUGGUGCUAAACAAUGGCUACUUGAAACUAUUACAGUGGGACUACCACAAAACAAUUCCAGAGACUCUAAUAACAGAUGAAGUUCGUCUUCAGGAGUUGAGAGAAAAGCUGAAUCAAUUAAAAAUCAUAGCUUGUGUUUGUCUCAUAACAAACAAUAUGGUGGGUGCAGCGAUUGUAAACAUGCCUGAUUUUGCCAACCAACUGAAAAGAAUCUCUGUUCCCCUUCUUGAAGGCAUGAGCAAGAAAACUUUUGAUUUGAAAGAAGCUCUAAAUGCUAUUGGUGUUCAGAUUUGCAUCAAAGUGAAUGAGUCUCUCACUGAAAGAGAUCUUCCCACUCUUAAUGCAGAAAUGCAGAGUAAUUUAAUGGGUCAAAUUGCAAGUAUUGUUGAGGAGAAUAACCCCGUCAGUUCCUUGAUUGAUAAACGGAUCCAGUUGUUCAUGAAAAGCUUGCUUGCUCUUCCAAGUUUUCAAAAAUGUAUGCCUGCACUGCCAGGAGGCCUUUCUGUGAUUCAGCCAGAGAUGGAACUUGUUGGAUCUCAAUUUGCAAGCAUUGUAGAAUUUAAUAAACAAGUGUAUGGACCAUUCUAUGCAAACAUACUUAAAAAACUACUUUUUCCUGAGGCAGCAAUAGGGAAAGCAGGAAUAGAAGUACCCAGUAACUGAAAAAGAAAAAAAAAGAAAAAAAAAAAGAAAAAAAAAAUCUGUUUCUGUACCCCUUUCUUUUACCUUUUGUCUUUUUUUUAAUUGUGUUCUGGCUCCCCCACUAAGAACUCCAGUGACUAUUACUGAGAGCAAUCUUGUUAAUUGUGUAUGGAUAGUUUCUGAAAUCCACUGGAAGAAAAUGAAUUUCUAUUACAUAUAUAUUUUAUUGAACUAAGUCUGCUUAAUGGAUUGUGGCACUUGUAUUUCACCUUUUGAGACAAGCAAUUAUUUGUAUUUGUGGUGGAUAAGAGAUGAAGUACUUACUGUUUUGCCACCAUUAAAACAUAAUAUUUUUUAAAAGAUAUAUUUACAUAUAUUUACAUAUGCUAUUUUGAGAUGACAAUAAUUGUAGAUAAAAUGCACUAUGCUUACAUUGUAUUUUUUAGAGCAGCAUCUAAUAAAAAAAAAAAUCAUGAUUCUGAAAAGACUUUGAAGUAUAAAAAGAAAUAUAGCAUAACUGCUUUUGUAACCAAAUCCAGGUUUAUAGUAGGCCAACUUCUGGUGCUCCUGCAAAUACUGGAACUAAACUUAGCCCAUGUUAUGUUAAGGAAUGCCAGUAUUGCAAGUUGUUCUGGUAUGGAAGUUGCAGAAGAAGCAUUCAUUAUUUAAAAUAAGAAUCAUUCAGUAGUUGUCAACUGGACAAGAUAGAGAGAUGAAACUCUUCAGAAACGUGAUGCCAGGCAUGGGGUGGGAAUGCAAAUAUCUGUAUGAUACCCAUCUAGUGAAUGUCAUACAGAUCCCAAGUCUAACCUCUAAUAUAUAUACUUAUUGAUCUUAAUGGGUAUUAAGUAUUUUUGAGGUUGGGCUUUCUGACCUUUAUUCAUGAAAGCACUUGACUUUGGGAGAGAUCUUAAAGAGUACAACAGAGAGCCUUCACCUUCUGUAAUCUGUUGGAUAAGGCCUAGAAUGUUCAAAAUGUAUUUUGGGUACUCUUGCGUCAGAAAGCAGAUAACCAGACCCCUUGCAAUUCUUGAAAAUGUGAUUACGUUCACUCUCAGUAGGUAUCUGAGAGAAGUACAUCUUCACUUUCAGAUUUAUAUUGUUCUGAAUUUGUUUUCUCAAAAUCCCUGCAGAUUCAGCCCCAAUACUUGGUUCCCAUUUAAGACAGCAAAAAUCUUAGAUACAGAAAUAGAGUAGGCUUGGAACUGAGAGAUAUGGAAGUAAACUUCUGUAAGUUUACAUGUUUUAUUUUGCAUAUUUCAGAUUACUGGGAAUAGAUACUGCUGCAAUACUUGAUAUACAUGUGUUCUUAUCUAUGAAAAUAAAUCAUAAUUUACUUGAAAAUGAUCCUUUAGUAUAUUAUCAUACAAUGGUCCUUUUAAAGUGUCAGAUAUAUAUAUAAAUUCCAUGUGGUACAAGUUAAAUACCUUGUUUUUAAUAUUUUAUACUACAGUCUAUUCUUAUUGAUGUGAAGAGUUGCCCAUAAAAGCUAAAGGUGCCACACAUUGUAUAUAUAUUACUAUGUCUAUAGUAUAUGUAACAAAACUGGGCAUUAUUACCACUGUGGUUUUGUAGUAAAUUUUUACAGAAUUGUGUACUCUUUUUAAUAAGGGAAAUGACUUCAUCAGCUGUUCCUCAGUGUCUGAGGACUUUGGCCACACAUACAUGGUAUGAAAAUCAUUUUUUGGAAGGCCUUUUAGAAAACAAAUGGCUAUAGUGCACUUCUGUUCUAUCCUUUGUUUAAAAAAAAAAAACAAAACAAAAACAUUUGUAAAAACUGAGUGUGUAUUCUGAAGGGAACUUCUAUGGAAGCCUGAAAAACCUGAGAAAGGAACUCUUAGAAUACAGUAACUGUGCCAGGAGAUGAAAUGGAUUUAUUCAAACAGAUAUGGAACGUUGUCAUGCAAUUCAAAGUCAGCGAGAGAAGAAUGCAUUUCAGAAGCACUUAUGGGAAAUUAAUUCUCUGUGAUUUGCUACACCCUUGGAAAUAUCUUUUGGCUGAAACUCGAAGUAUAUGAUUUUUUUUUAAUGGGUAUUGGAAGAACAUUUAUAAUGUGACUAUGAACUUUAUGAUAAUGCAAUAUAUACAUUCUACUGUUUAAAGAAAAAAAAUUUUUGGUGACUUGAAAAGGGCAUUUUAUAGCAUGGCCUAUGUUUCAAGUGCUUGUUUAAUGUAUCUUAAUUUUUAUUUAAUGUUUUAACCAUCAGGAUUGCAUCUGUUUAAUGUCAUGUUACUGCAUGCUGUUGAUGCUACUCUGGCUGAAAAGCACUUGCCUCUGCUCUGAAACUGUCCUCAUGAAACAAGAUGCCAUUCUGUUAGAGCUGAUUUUGUUGAAAUACAAAUCUUUGAAGCUUUGUAUGCGUUCAAUUGUUUGUGAUACCAUUGUGCUGGAAAGUCUCUUAUGCAAAUUGUUUCUGAAAUGUAAUGGAUCAUGUUAAAUGCUGAAGAUAAAGGACUGCACUAAUA